AUGAUUGAAAAUUUACAAAAUAAAAUAUUGUUAAACAAAGCGGCCAAAUUAAAAACAGCUGCUAAAUUGGCUAAUGCAGUUCCGCCAGUGGCUGGUGCUCUUGGCAGAGAUGUCCAAAAGGCAGAAAAUGUAUUUAAUACCAAUGAAAAACGACUAUGGUUUGUGCGAAAAGAUGCUGAAAAUCAAGAAAAUCCUCUUAACACCAAUGAAAAACGACUAUGGUUUGUGCGAAAAUCUAAUCUAGAAGAGCCACUUAACAGCAAUGAAAAAAGGCUAUGGCUUGUGCGAAAAGAUAAUCUAGAAGAGCCACUCAACAGCAAUGAAAAACGACUAUGGUUUGUGCGAAAAGAUGCUGAAAACCAAGAAAAUCCACUUAACACCAAUGAAAAACGACUAUGGUUUGUGCGAAAAGAUGCUGAAAACCAAGAAAAUCCACUUAACACCAAUGAAAAACGACUAUGGUUUGUGCGAAAAGAUGCUGAAAACCAAGAAAAUCCACUUAACACCAAUGAAAAACGACUAUGGUUUGUGCGAAAAGAUGCUGAAAACCAAGAAAAUCCACUUAACACCAAUGAAAAACGACUAUGGUUUGUGCGAAAAGAUAAUCUAGAAGAGCCACUCAACAGCAAUGAAAAACGACUAUGGCUUGUGCGAAAAGAUGCUGAAAAUCAAGAAAAUCCACUUAACACCAAUGAAAAACGACUAUGGUUUGUGCGAAAAGAUGCUGAAAAUCAAGAAAAUCCUCUUAACACCAAUGAAAAACGACUAUGGUUUGUGCGAAAAGAUAAUCUAGAAGAGCCACUUAACACCAAUGAAAAAAGACUAUGGCUUGUGUGA